AUGGGUUUCGGCAAGAACAACGUCCUUCACGACAACCACUUCCGCAAGGACUGGCAGCGCCGGGUCAAGACCUGGUUUGACCAGCCCGGUCGCAAGCUUCGUCGCCGUGUCGCCCGUAAGGAGAAGGCUGCAUCGCUCGGCGUUCGCCCCGUGAAGCCGCUUCGCCCGGCUGUCCGCGGCCAGACUGUCCGCUACAACAUCAAGCUGCGCGAGGGUCGCGGCUUCACCCUUGCCGAGCUCAAGGAGGCCGGCAUCGGCCGCAAGGAGGCGCGUGGAGUUGGCAUCGUCGUUGACCACCGCAGGCGGAACUUGUCGGUCGAGGGAAAGAACCUCAACGUGGAGAGGCUGAAGGCAUACAAGGAGCGUUUGAUCGUCUUCCCCCGCAACUCGAAGAAGCCCAAGAAGGGCGACUCCUCGGCCGAGGAUCUCAAGGCCGAGACGACCCGCCAGCCCCUUGCUCUCCCCCCAGCCUUUGUUGCGGAGGAGCCCCGCAAGAUCACCGAGGAGGAGAAGGGCUUCGAGGCUUACAAGACCCUCCGCACUUCCCGUGCCGACCAGCGGUACGAGGGCGCCCGCAAGAAGCGCCAGCAGAAGAAGGACGAAGAGGAGGCAGCGAAGAAGAAGUAA